GAAUCAGCAUCCCUAGCCCGUCCUUGUUAGUCUAAGAAGAAGAAGCCCCAAGCCUCCUAAGCCCAAGCGGCAAAGUUUUUAGAAAAAUGGUUCAUUUGGGUGAAAUUUUUCCCAAUUUCACAGCGAAAUCGACUAUUGGGAAUAUUGUAUUUCAUGACUGGCUCAAGGACUCUUGGGGCAUAUUGUUUUCACAUCCAGCUGAUUUCACUCCAGUAUGCACUACUGAAUUAGCAAAACUACUCAAGUUAUAUCCAGAAUUCGAAAAGAGAAAUACAAAAGUUAUAGCUUUAUCAUGUGAUUCCCUUGACAGUCAUCACAAGUGGAGUAAUGAUAUCAAAGUUUAUGGUGGAUAUUCAGGCAAUGAAAUUCAUAACUUGCCAUACCCUAUUAUUGCUGAUGAGGACAGGGAACUAGCUACCGAACUAGAAAUGAUUGAUCCAGAUGAGAAAGAUUCUCUGGGAAUACCUGUAACUGCUAGAGCAGUAUUCAUUGUAGAUUCAAAUAAGAAAUUGAGGCUAUCUAUUUUAUACCCAGCAACAACAGGAAGGAAUUUUGAUGAAAUACUUCGGGUUCUGGAUUCUCUUCAACUUUGUGAUAAACAUAAAGUGGCUACUCCCGUGAAUUGGAUGCCUGGAGAAGAUGUAAUGGUCCAACCAACAGUAUCUGAGGAUGAGGUAAAGACCCUUUUCCCUUCAUUGACCGUUGUAGCAUUACCUUCUGGAAAGGAAUAUAUAAGAAAAACACCUCAACCAUGAAACAAUCACGUUUUUCAGUUUUCAUUCGUUUUGUGUUAUAUAAUUUCCUAAGAAAAACCUGUUUUUGUUGAAAUCACUAUAUUACAGAAUUAUGUAAGUGAUGAAUUACCAUGUUACUUUGGAUUUAAAAAAAUAAAUUUUUACUUUCAUUAUU